AUCCUUCUCUGCUGGAGUUCUCACUCUGACAUGCUGAAGGACACAGGAACAACUAUUUCCUUGGCUCAUAACUAGUACAAGGGACAAGUAGUGUAGUAAGGAAGAACACAGUACAAAUCUGUGUUCUUGACUUUUGUCUGGUUAUUUGCAUCUAGCAAACAAUAAUUAUCCAGAAGCCAAAUGUGAAAUACAAAAAGGAGUCAGCUAUCUGCAAGAACUUUAUGGAGAGCUAUUUAUUGUUUUCAUAGACUUCCCCAUUGACUGUCUCAAAUCACAUCCAGGAUUCUGGAAACUGGGAGGCUAUAAAUUGAUUCCUGCAUUCAGCCCAGCCAGAGCCAACAUGAAGACAGCCACAGUCUUGGUUCUGGUGACUUUGAUUGCCAUAGGGAAGGACUCAGUGAGUGCUCUGAGAUUUGCUCCAGGAGGAUCACAAAAACCCGGAGCCUGUCCCAAGAAUCCCACAAAAUGUACUGUACCUAUUCUUAUACAGUGCUCAGAAGAUAAAUGGUGCCCCAUGGAACAGAAGUGCUGUAAGCUUGGAUGUUCCCGUAAAUGCACGUCUCCUGUCUUUGAGACAACUGACAACCCUUUGGUUUAUGGAUCCAACUAAUAUCAGGAUGACUGAUUGCCGUCUCAGAAGAUUUCUUCUGAAUCCACGGAGCCCAUGACUGAUUCUUUCUAGUCCUAGAACUAUAUCCUUAGAAGAUGAAAACCUAUCAUGUGGUGACUGCUUCCUAGUGUCUUUGUGUCAGAAAUAAAUGAUUCUUACCAUUGUCUUGCUGAA